UGACAUUUCAGGAGUACCACUGGGUCCAAGAGGAUCACAGGCCACGAGUCUUUCCGUCAUAGCUCAGUGGACAGAUGUGGCUCAGUGUACCCGUGUGUCAGCAGCACCCAGCUGAGGAACGAUGUGCAGCCGUCACAUCCCUUCAUCCAGGAUCCUACCAUGCCACCUAACCCAGCUCCCAGCCCUCUUAUCCAGUUGGAGGAGGUUUGCCGGCGUCUUGAAGAGCAAACAAUGAAGUCACGGGUUUUACAGACGAAGCAAAAGUACGUAAUGGAGGUGAUCCAACGGGGCCGCUCCGCCGCCAGGCCUAAAGUGUUCCCUCCACUCAACGUGGUGCCAGCCGUCUCUGACAGCGAGCUCUCGGAGCCUGAGUAUGUCCACUGUGUUUUACCAGUAACUGUCUGCUCUAGCUAGGUCUCAACAAC